AUGCCCCCCACCACACCCCCAUUGCGAAGGGUGGCCAGCUGCCCCGACUUCAUCCGCGAAUACUCGACUGCAACUGUGUUUGAGAACACCGAAGACCAGUGGCCCUACAUUGUAGGGAACUUCAUCAGUCUCCGAAUCCGCAGCGGCUUGGUCCCAGAGCAGAAGGAUCACACCGUCAAAGCGGAAAUCCUCAAAUGCUUUCUGCCAUUCACCAUGUCGCCAGUCUUGCUGGUACGGCUGCACUAUCCCGCACUGGAUUUGAAGGGCGAGUUCAUCCUCAAACUAUAUGAUCGCCACUUCUCAUGCGACUUCCGAGGGCAAUCCCGCGAUCCUUAUUGGGAUCCUGAACUUGAGCACAAAUACCAACAGUAUGUGCUCAACGACAGAGAUGCCGCAUCUAAGCUUCUGAAGAGGAUGGAGGGCUUCGAAUCCCUAUGGCCAGGCGAUGAGGAUUUCGAGGACGGUGAGGAAUGGGACGCUGCCCAAAAUGAGCUUUACUACCAAAACGUCAUCCGGCGGCUGUACAAGCAGGAGUCCGAAGUCUAUAGGCGGACUAGGGACAUGCACGGAAUCGACGUCCCGCGAUGCAUAGCUACGGUGGAGCUGCUCGAGUACAACAUGUCCAGAUGUACUUCCGGGACAGAGACAUCCAAAUUCUAUGACUGCCCGGGGAUUUUGCUCCAGUACAUCAAAGGAUUUCCUCUGAGCGACCUAUACGAAGGCGACCCUGGAGCACCGCGAGAGACGUGGCAGUACAUAUGCGAGGACGCCAUUCGCAUCGUCAACGCCAUGUCCGCACACAACAUCUGCAACGACGACGUCAACGUCCGGAACUCCGUCGUAGCAUGGGAUCCGAUCACAGAGAGGUACAAAGUGCGGAUGAUUGACUUUGGACACAUCACGUUUAAGAUGCCAGGCGAAAGCGACCGUGACUUUAGAGAGAAGCGCGCGCACACGGAUGAGGAGGGCGCAAUAGGUUUGAUCAUGGAGUCGAAGUUGAAAGAGAAACGGGGAGGCGGCUUCGUCUAUACCCCUUCGGAGGAGUCCAAGCUGUUGAGCGACGACUUCAUGGGGGAGCAUGGUCCGAGGAUCUAGUCUUGAUCUCUCAGCAUAGUCAUUCUAGGCGCUCUGGUAGGGGCGUUACGGGCGAUACCCAUAUUUUCUGAGCAUCUGAGAUAUAAUUCAUGUUCUUUUCAAACCAAUGUUUGCGAGCAAGCAUUUUCCUUAAAACAUAGCGCUACAAUGGAAUGCAUAGAGAAUGCAUUACACAAACGAUCAGGCUUCUGAAAAAGAGUCGAGAAACCUGCUAUACGACGGGUGAAUAGCACUUUCCUGACCAUUCUAUGAUAAUCUAAUCGACUUGAG